AUGCCAACUACUCACCUACCCUUCAAACCCCAGAAGAUUCAGGAACAAUUCCCUGAUGCCAUUAUAUCCAAAAUCACCCCUGCACCCGAGCAUCCCCGUUACAAUUACAACGGCUUCAAACCAGGUCGUCGAGUACUGGAAGCAGGUCAUGUCCGCUAUCCGGGUCGCAGGCCAUUCGGCGUACGAACAAUAUAUGAGCGAGACCAAGCCAUCACGGUUCGCGACGGCGCUCGCCUAUACGCAGAUAUCUUCCGCCCCGAAUCAUCAGAUGCACAGUCCGUCCCGUGUAUCCUUCCAUGGAGUCCAUAUGGUAAAACUGGUACGGGUCCUCAGAACUACGACUUCAUGGCUCCUUAUCGAGCGGGAAUCGCGCUUGGUCGCACAUCAGGCUAUGAAAAGUUCGAGGCUCCUGAUCCUUACGAGUGGGCUGAGCGUGGCUACGUUGUGUUGAACAUCGAUGCUCGUGGUGCUGGGCAUAGUGAAGGAGUUAUCGCACGCUGGGGCAUUCAAGAAGCAGAAGACAUCUACGACGUCAUCGACUGGCUGUCUAAACAGCCUUGGUGCAACGGCUCUGUCGCUAUGGCAGGAAAUUCAUGGUUGGCUAUAUCGCAGAUCAACUUUGCUUCCAGAAUGCACCAUCCCGCACUGAAAGCGAUUGCACCAUGGGAAGGUUAUACGGAUCUGUAUCGUCACUAUGUUGCCAGAGGCGGACGUCCCCAUAUUCCUGGCUUUCACCGGAUGAUCUCGAACGGGCUUGCGGGGCCUGAAGGCGUUGAGAAUGUUGUUGCCGUGCUUGAGAAACAUACGUUGUACGACGACUACUGGGAGGCCAAGAGAAUUCCUGUUGAGAACAUCGACAAUAUUCCUAUGUACAUUGUUGCUUCGUACUCAAGCAUGUUGCACACGUAUGGUUCGUUUCAGACUUUCCGACAAGCCAAGACAGAAAAGAAGUGGCUUCGUGUUCAUCCGUAUCAAGAGUGGUACGACAUGUAUCGACCAUCUGUUUCAGAUGAUCUUCAGCAGUUUUUCGACUUCUAUUGCAAGCCUGACAUUAUCAAAGACACAAACUGGGAAUCCUCAACGCCUCGAGUCCGGCUUUCACUUCUUGGUUUUGAGGCAGAGGGGAGCUCCGCCACAACUAUUAUCGAGAGGCCUGAGCAGAGUUAUCCACUUACAAGACAAAGGCUUCGAACUCUAUAUCUUGAUGGAGCAACCGGAAAGCUGGUGGAUCUGAGGCCAGAUCAGGAAUGCAUUCAGUCCUAUGAAGGGAGGAGUUUGGGUGAUGGGCUCACAUUCACAACUACCUUUGACGUCGCAACUGAGCUGGCUGGUUACCCAAAGGCAGUGCUACACAUGUCAUGUCCUGACCAUGAUGAUUUCGACGUCGUUGUGCAGAUCCGCAAGAUCGACAACAAAGGUCGACAGCUCUCGCAUCUCAACUACCCUUGCCCUGUUGCUAUUGAUGAGGUACCCGAUGUAAACACAGCAAAAACUUUAGGUCCGCAGGGCUUCCUUCGAGCUUCACAUCACGUCUCUCUGAAUGGAGAUGGCGGGCCCGUUGUUUCCAAUGAUCUGUCGCGUGAGACAGAUAUUUUGUACAGCCACCGUGUUCGACAGCCUAUUAGUCCGGGGACAAUUGUCCGCCUAGAGAUCCCAAUCUGGCCUAUUGGGAUGGUGUUUGCUGCUGGAGAGGGCAUAGCGUUGAACGUUUCUGGACAUGAUAUGUGCCUGCCUGAGACUGACUUGUGUCGAUUGAGAGAACCAGAGGAUGAGAAUGUCGGGAGACACCAUGUUCACACAGGAGGGAAGUACGACAGCCAUUUGAUCAUUCCUGUCAUCAUGGGGUAG